AUGUCUUACUAUCCCAGCGGACCAUCAAUGCCCGUUGCCGAUACCUCGGCGGCAUACGGUCAAGGCAGCAAUGGGCAAGGCGGAUGCCCACCCGCCGGUGGCUUCGGCGGCUAUCCCGACUCUCAGCCCAACCAUGGAGCUCCGCACGAGCAAUCAGGCUAUGGUUACCCCUCUUCAUCUGGUGCACCUAGCGGCUAUCCCGACUCUCAGCCCAACUACGGUGCUCCGCACGAGCAAUCAGGCUAUGGUUACCCCUCUUCAUCUGGUGCACCUAGCGGCUAUCCCUCAUCCCCAUAUGGCCAGCCAGAGCAGCAGAGUAGAGGCCACGCAAGCGAUUACUACUCUUCGGCUCCCGCACAUGGACAGCCACCUCACCCGCAGCAGUACGGUCAACAGCCUGGUGCGGGACAGGAGGGCCAAGUGCAGUACGAUGAACGCGGCAACCCACUGCCUCCCGGAGAAAGAGGCAUCGGCACCAUGGCAUUGGGAGGUGUCGCAGGUUUUGCAGGCACGAAGUUGCUUGGCGGUGGCAGUGGUUUGAAGGGGGCCGUUGGUGGCGCACUUGCUGCGCAAGGUGUGAAGAUGCUUCUGGACAGGAAGGAAAAGGAUCACCGUGAGUCGCAGUCUUGGGGAACACAACAUUGUGGAAGCAUGUGGUUCGAAGCUGUUUGGCAUUUCUCAGCAUGCUGACUCAUCUCACUCACGUCUCACACGAUCGUAGAUAAACAUCAUGGCCACGAGACACAUCACCGCCACGGUCAUGGUAGCCAGGGCGGACUCGGUGGCCAGCUGGGAAACUUCCUUCGCUAG